CUUGACAGCGCCCUCUGUAGGUACACAGUAAAGCAUGGCUGCAGCUCCUCUUGUCUUGGAGACCUUAAUCUAGAGACGCAGGCGAAUGAGUCCUGCUGCUACGGCUAUCCAGCGAGUCAAGUGUGGAAUUGGAGCAGGGGUAUUAUUAGAGAGCGUAGCUCGACGUUUGAACGCUGAAGUUCAGUCGCAGCAGGAAAAACGUUCAGGCCUCUUGUUGUAUCGUUUCUCUCCUAUGGGCAGCAGCAUAUGAAGAGAGAGCUAAGGACAGCAGUCGCAAGUUGCUCUUCAACUUAAUGUUUGUUUAAUGUUAGCCGUCUGACAGCUAACGCUAACUAGCUUCGCCUCAUUGGUAUUCGACGUCAGUUUCAAAACAAACCCCGCAAAAUAAACACAGUGUAGUUGUAGAGUCAGCUGUCAUCAACGGAAAGGGACUGGGGUUUAGGUCUCAAAAAAUUUUAUACGCUGCUCAGCUGUUGUUUCUUGUUCAUCCUUAUUUAAUGUCGUUAUUGCUCUGUGCAAACAUCUGUCAGCGGGUCAAAUAAUAGAAUAGACAGCGACGCGUUUUAACUGACAACCAAAAGUAGCUGCUACCGUUGGGCUAGGAUUACAAGGGGGAAUCGCAUCAAGUUGCUUUCGAAUCUUGGAUUUAAAUGUCUGAGAAGAGUUCGUCGUCCGGUUCGGACGAGGAUGUGGAGCCGGAAUCUGUGCAGCCAGUUGAGUUUGGAGGCGUUUUAAGUAAGUGGACAAACUACAUACACGGAUGGCAGGACCGAUGGGUGGUGUUGAAAAACAACACUUUGAGCUACUACAAAUCAGAGGAUGAACGGGAGUAUGGCUGCAGGGGUUCCUUGUGCCUCAGCAAGGCUGUCAUUACACCCCAUGAGUUUGACGAGUGUCGUUUUGACAUCAGCGUGAACGACAGUGUUUGGUAUCUUAGGGCUGAAGAUCCUGAGCACAGACUCCAGUGGAUUGAGUCCAUAGAACUGCACAAGGCUGAGUCAGGUUAUGGUUCAGAAACCAGUCUGAGGCGUCAUGGUUCCAUGUUGUCUCUCACCUCAGCAGCCAGUGCCUUGUCUGCCACCUCCACAUCCUCCUUCAAGAAAGGUCACAGACUGUGUGAGAAGUUAGCAGAAAUGGAAACCUUUCGAGACAUUCUAUGCAGACAAGUGGACACCCUGCAAAAAUACUUUGACUCCUGUGCUGAUGCUGUCUCUAAAGAUGAAUUUCAGAGGGACAAAGUAGAGGAUGAUGAAGAUGAAUUUCCCACCAACACAAGACCUGAUGGAGAAUGUAAUCACAACAACAACGGCAGCAAAGAGAAAUUAUUUCCUCCGUCCAGUCCCAAAGGUAUCAAUGGCAUCGACUUUAAAGGUGAAGCCAUAACAUUCAAGGCAACGACAGCAGGCAUCCUGUCCACCCUUUCCCACUGCAUUGAACUCAUGGUCAAACGAGAGGACAGCUGGCAGAAAAGACUGGACAAGGAGUUGGAGAAGAGGAGGAGGGUAGAAGAUGCCUACAAGUGUGCUGUGAAUGAACUGAAGAAAAAGUCACACUACGGAGGCCCAGACUAUGAGGAAGGGCCAAACAGCCUGAUCAAUGAAGAAGAGUUUUUUGAUGCAGUGGAAGCAGAGCUGGACAGACAAGACAAGAUAGAAGAGCAGAGCCAGUCAGAGAAAGUCAGAAUAUCCCGACCACCGUCCGUUACACCUGGAGAUGUCUAUUCCACCAUUGGCACACACCGGCUGGCCAACAAGCCCCAUGGCCAUUCUUCCUCCCUGUCCUCCAUUGAGCUACUCAGUGCUUCAGAAGAUGUUCACAGAUUCAGCACUGAGGUGGAGGAGAUGGUACAGAUGCAUAUGACUUACUCUCUACAGGACGUGGGUGGAGAUGCCAAUUGGCAGUUGGUGAUAGAAGAAGGAGAGAUGAAGGUGUACAGGAGAGAGGUGGAAGAGAAUGGUAUUGUCUUGGAUCCACUCAAAGCCACACAUUCAGUGAAGGGUGUGACAGGACACGAGGUCUGUCACUAUUUCUGGGACACGGAUGUUCGAAUGGACUGGGAGACCACCAUUGAAAACUUCAAUGUGGUGGAGACACUCUCUGACAACGCAACAAUUGUUUACCAGACACACAAGAGAGUGUGGCCGGCCUCUCAGAGAGAUGUGCUGUAUUUGUCCGCCAUGAGGAAGAUCUUAGCAAUGAAUGAAAAUGAUCCUGACACAUGGUUGGUCUGUAACUUCUCUGUGGACCACAAUGACGCCCCUCCCACAAACAGGUGUGUUCGUGCCAAAAUCAAUGUUGCUAUGAUUUGCCAAACUCUGGUCAGCCCACCUGAGGGCGAUAAGGAGAUAAGCAGAGACAACAUCCUUUGUAAGAUCACCUAUGUUGCCAAUGUAAACCCAGGAGGCUGGGCUCCGGCCUCCGUCCUCAGAGCUGUGGCCAAGAGAGAGUAUCCUAAGUUUCUAAAGCGCUUCACUUCCUACGUACAGGAAAAAACUGCUGGGAAGUCCAUCCUGUUCUGAACACUAAGAGGUCAGACGACCAGUCUGUGGAGAAGACGUUCAGCAUUAAACCAGCUCUGGAUGAAUCAACUCCCCUGACAGUGAGACCAGAUGUCUGCCUACAGACACAGUAUCAUCUGGAGUGAACCCGAGUCCUCUGGAGACAGGUUUCAGAGCUUUAAUCCAUCACUAAUUCCUAAUCCAGUCACACCAGACCAGCUCAACACUCACCUGUUGUUCACGGCUGCAGAUGAAACAUCUCCUGUUUGUGUUUCUAAAAGAAGAUGAUCACAGAAUUUAAUUUUUAAAUUGUUUUAUACAUUACAAAAAAAAUCCUUCUCCAUGACUUUCUUUGGGAUUUGCUUUAAUCACUAGUAUUACAGCUCCAUGUUUUGCUGCUGUUAAAUUAACCAUCUUGAGCGAGGCGGGUAGAUGUGGAGAGAUAAAAGCAUGGAUGAGGUUUUGGUACAGUGUUUUUGUUGUUGUUGUUGUUGUUUUCUUUUCCCCCAGUCUUUCAUGCCUUCUCUCUCCCUCUGGUGACGACUCUCUGUAGUUUGAUGGAGGGUCUGAGCCUGGAGCUUUGAAAUCUUUGUAUUUAUAAUGUAGAUUGUUAUAAAUCAGCUUUCUAAGAGACACAGUGUCAUGUACAUAGGCUUAUUGUUGGUUUAGUUUAUCAAUGUGAGGAAUGUGAAUUGACUGUUGCGCUUUGUAAUGGAGUUGAAGAGUACUCACCCAGUUGAUUCAGCACAGACUGAGCUUAUUUACACAAUCAACAAUAAUGCAACAUGUCGUGUCUGUUGGUACUAAGCUGUGGUUAAUUGACAUUCCUGAACCACAGUGUUCCACAGACACGUACUCCCAAACGACCAUCCACAGUGACUGAUGUGAAGAUCCUUUGUUGAAGAGCAUUGCAUUGAAUUAUUCCACACAUUUUACGUUGUUUUCUCUGUCAAAAUAUCACUUCUGGAGGAUCAGGAAAAUAUGUCAAUGUUUUCAGACCCCUCUGUAAAACGUCUAUGUGAAACAGUGACACCAAGAUAUUACAUUUUGUUAUCUUUCUUUAAUCUGCAAUCUGUACAUUUCAGUUGAAAUCAGUUUAAAUGUAAUGUUGAAAAAAAAAAUCUGAAGGUGAACUUAAAUUGGUUGAGUUUGGUUUAUUUGUGGCCUUUGUAAAGUGACAACUGCUUGGUAUUGGUUUGUAGGUGAUUGGUUAAUACUGAACACAGACACAUCUCCUGGUGAUGUGGUCUUGUUCACUUCUACUAAGAUGGAUUUCACUUGAAAUGUACAAAUGAUCUGAUUAAAGAUUUAAAAGUUCUGAAACUAAAUGUCUUGUUGGUGUCAUUGUGUGACAAUGCAAAUCAUGGCUGUUUGUGUCCAUUUUGUGACCAUAUGUGACAUUUCAUCUUCCACAUUACAGUGCAGUGACCUCCUGACCUUUGACCUUUGAGUGACAAACUGCCCCGAAGAAUGCCUUAGAUAACCAGGACAAGGAUUCUGAUGUUCUCUACUGCACAGCCUCCACCAGUUGUGCAUUUAUCAUCGUGGGGUGAGGGGAGGGUCAGCAUUUCACAUGUUACCUCAUCAUUUAAUGUAUUUUUUUCUGCAGUCAUGUAAGUACCUAUGAGUCUUAAGGUGUUUGAGAUCAGGGAGCAUCUCAUUGGUUAAUUCAAGGAUGAAUAGAGGAAUAAAAGCCCAAGGCCACAUCUAUGGAGGGUGCAUUUA